AUGAUUCCUUUUUAUCCAUCGCUGCAACCGUCCCCGGCGUACAAUUUUUGGUUUUCCGUCGACGAAUCUUACGACGAUGAUGCGGAAGUCAAUACGAUGGAAACGGAACACACGGAAUGGCUGAAUCGGAUUACCUUCAUCGGGCAAGAGUUGACACCGAUUGGCAAAAGCUCCAACGAGCAGCAAAUGGAAAACAUGGACACGGAAGAUGAAGAUGCCAACGAUGAAAGCGAUGAUUCGGACAACUCGGAUGACGACGAUGAUGAUAUGGAUGAUUUGAACAACACGCGGGGAAAUCUGCCGGAUGAAAUAACCGUCGUCACGGGAGGGUACAUGGGUGACGAGCUUCAAACCAAUGACACUUUGUAG